AUGCCCUCAAAUGCUUCCCAACCUUCAUCUUCUGCGAAUUCGGUAACCGAUGGACAAUCCACGAAUGGAUUGUCCGAGAUUUCCGGCCAUAGAGAUUCGAUCCCAUCGGUUCUGAACAAGGAAUGGACUGAUUUUUCUGUUGUUUUGGAGAUGAAAAUGGGAGAGAUGGCCGUCGUCACAAUUAGCUGUCCCCGUGAGGAAUUCGACGGUGAAAGUGGAGAUGACGGGAUUAUAAAAUUUGGGGACAAAUCUAUUGAAUUCAUCCGAGACGAAAAGCAGCUGGGUAAGAAUGUUUUUCUGUUGUUUUGUUUUUAGGUAAUAAUUGGAUGUCAAGCAUUACUUUUACAGACGGUAAAGUGCAAAGUAAAAAACGGGUUGUUUCGUUUACGAAUAUUAGAUUUGAGCCCAAUACGGUUCAAAAUGGCAUUUGGUCAGACCAAAAUGGACUAUUUUGUUGCCGUGUAGAACUCGGAUAUCGGGAUUACCUCUGUGGUGAGUUUUUCGCUUCAGGCAGAAAGUUUAAUGGGGGUAUGGAUGAAUUUACUGAGUUUCAGGUAUCCGUCGUUUCUCGGAUCUUCAAGCUUUUAUGGCGAACAAAGUGCCUCUGAAAUCAUUUGCUCACAAAUUAUCGAUGAAUGGAAUGAAAAUAUUCUGCGCUGAAUGUAAGGCAACCAUUCUCGAAGCAGAAGAUGGCAAAAAGGUGGAUGUCCAAGCUUCGGAAGAGUUGGAUUUGCUAGAAGGAGGGGUGGAUCUGUCGGAAUAUGCAUAUCACAGCUGUUCUAGUGAACAUAAAACACAUAAUCAUGAUGAAAAUGCGUGCGACGGCAAGCAAAAUCAAAACGGGAAAGGUCGUGAUGGAAAUGUGGACCACAAGUUUAUGGCACCUACAAAUAAGAAACCAAUUCUGACUGAAACUCAGUUUUGGAUGAGGUACAACAAUAAGUUUGAAAAACAGCUUUUGGUCGACAAGAAGAGUAUGAUCGUGUCUUGUAAGAGUUGCGUCAAUGAGAUUGGGAAAAUCGCAAAAGGUAACGAACUGAGUUUUUUCGUUAUUGUUCUUUAGGCGAUACAAAUGUCAUGAAGUUGGACUUAUCAGCUGCUAUAAUCGAAGAUCCUUUAUCCCCAAAAUGCAUAAUUGAAGAGAGAUUCCAUUCCCUCGAGCGAUAUUUUGCGUUUUUGUUAUUGCGUUGUUCUGCCUUCGACAACUGUCUCAAGUUGAUGAUCAGAACUCUGGACAAAACACCCUAUUUAUUGGUGUGGCUGAUCGAACCCAUCUUUUUAUUCGCCGAUGGAAAGAUGAAGGAAGAAGUAGAGCCAAAGAAAAACACCAAGACCAAGCCCAGUAAACUGAAGAAGAAGGCCAUGGUGGACAGUUCUUUGAUACAUGCUUACACUUCUUUGAAGGUCUUGUAUAAGGUAUUUGAUAAUGAGGCUGAGAAAAGGUGAGUUCUCUCUCAUUCAUGGAGAAUAUCUUUUAUAAUGUGACUUUUUAGCAAUCCUGCUGCCGUGGAUCGUUCGGCCACCUUUAUGGAUCUACCUCAGACCACUUGUAUGAAGUUCGAAGAGGUUUUACUCAGGAACUCGGCCCGGUUACCUGCACAAAACAGAUUUUUAGGCAACUUCAUGGUGAGUUAUCUCUGUGUGAUCACGGUUUUCUUUUUUGCAGAUAUCCUUCCUCACUGUUGAUGACGAGUAG